GAAAGAUCAUUUUUUUUGAAAACUCUUGACGUUAUUUAGUUUAAAAAUUGAAAGUCCCUAAAACUGACAGUUGACAUUUGAUGCCAAACUUCCCCUUUUUUAAAUUUAACUAAAAAAUGUGUUUAAGUUGUUUUACGAAUGAAUUUUAAAUUAAAUAUACUGAAAUUAGUCAAGUCACAACAUGGCCAUUCACAUUGAUAAUAAACAAAACUACAUUAAUCAACAAAAUGAAUCAAAAGUUCAAAGUAUGCCUUUUAAAAUACUCGCAGAUUGCGAUGCUCAAGUCUCCAAAUACUUUGAAAGUGGUGUAAAAGUGCAAGACGAUGAAACACUGAAAGCCUCCUUCCGUGGUUACCCUCUAAGAGGUAAAACAGUAGAGUUACCAGAUGGUUACGUGGGGUUAGUCUUACACGAAAGUAUACCCCCAGUUAGUGACAAGGAAGAACGAAAAUUCCACAUUACUAACAAAUUCAAAACCCUCACUUAUUGGAACUGGGAUAAGGCCCCUAGCAAAAACGAUAAGAUUAUUCAGGCGUUAGAUUGGAUUGACGUCGCUGAAACGUUACACAGUCCUAUUACAGAGGAGUGAACAAAGGUAGUCCAACAUAAACAUUAAGUACAUAGUCCACAAAGUGCCUGCUAUAAUUACGAUGAUUACAUAUUUGUAUGUUGGGAGUUUUCUUGUUUCAUAAAAUAAAAAUCACUAAGUCCAAAUUGGCAUUGAGUAUAAUAAGCGUCAACAUUUUCAAAAACCAUUAAACUAUACUGGAAUUGUGCCAUAAUUUUGUACUAUUGAUAAACACAAACUACAGUCUUAAAAAGCAAAUGCAGUUAAAAAGAGAUCCUCUCACGUACAGCAUUCCUUUGUACAAAUCGACUUCAUGUGCAUCAAGUAGUCGUUGAAAGGAAUCAUUUUAAGGUGGCAACCAUGCAAAUAUUCAAAUAAUCCUAACCUCAAUCUUCCCUGAAAAUUAUUUUUUCAAAUAAAUGUGUACUUAAUGUAAACUUAAAGAUUUUUUUGUCAUUAUUCAUGAUUAAAUGAUAUUAAUUCUACAACCUACUUGAUGCACAUUAAUAUAAAAGAGAUAAAUGCGAUAUGUUAUGUACCAAAGCUUAAAUAUCAAGUCCGUUACAUAAAUCAUGACUAGAACAUGUCCCCUAAUUGCUCGAAAUAU